CAUUUUGUUACACAUAUACCCCUACCUCACCAAUCUCAUAAAUAAGUGCAGCAAAUACCCUGCUUCCCAAAGCCGCUCGCUGCUACUCUCCAAUGCUACUUAUGCUCCCCUGGCUCUGCUCCCUCUCUUCCUCUGCUGCGGACGGCACCUCCACCACCACCGUCGUCGACGACAGAGCUGCCAUUACCGGAAGCAAUCCUGGCUCCUGCACCUUAUCAUCCUCCAACUCCACUGCCGCCUUCGAUGACGCAAUCUCUGUACUCACACAUCCAUCCCUUCCUUCUCUCCAAUCCCUAACCCCGCCUCUUAACCCAUCCCCCCCAUUCUCUGCCUCCUUCCUCUGCCUCUCCUCCAUCAUACAUGCCUGCUCGGCGCCCACCGCCGCCGCACUAGCCGCCUCUUCAUCCUCACUCCUCCUUUAUUCCGCCACUGAAUCCACCCUCUCCGUCUAUAACCUCUCUGACCUCCGCACCAUCGACACUCUCCCCGCCCCUUAUGGUGCGGGUGCCACCAAAUCCAUCUCCCUCUGCCCCAACGGAACUUCCAUCUUCACAGCACAUCAAGACGGCCGUAUACGCGUAUGGAACCGAUCCCC